AUGUGCAGGAAGGAGGAGGAGGAGUCAGCUUUACAUAUCUUUGCGACUUGUCCAGAAGCUAUGCGAGCUUACCAUGCGGUUGGCUUACCUAUUACAUAUGUGCCGGGUAAUGUAGUGCAUGAGUGGUUCUUUGGCUGUCUUUCUAUGUUACGUGCUGAUUUGAUUCCCAAAUUUAUAAUGGUAUGCUGGGGGAUUUGGUGUAGUAGGAACGCCUGUGUUUGGAGAGGGGCUGCUUUUGAUUUAAUGCUUAUGGUGCAUCAUGCUCUACUUUUCUUGGAUGACUGGUUGGCAGGUAAUGAGAGUACCAUCUUACCUGCUGUACCACCAUGCCAGGUUGAACGCUGGAACAAGCCGCAAGCUGGGCAGUUAAAAUUGAAUACAGACGCCGCUAUAAAUCAUACAAGUAACACCAUGGGCUAUGGCUGGGUUGUUAGGGAUGAUAAUCGUUUAUUCCUAGCAGCGAAGAGUAUGUCCGUGCCCGGGAUUUACGAUGCGAAAGUGGCCGAAGCUAUGAGUAUGCGGGAGGCGUUGAGUUGGUUCAAAAAUACAGGGAUGGGAGGGGUGGAUGUGGAAACAGAUUUGCAGCUCCUGUUUAAUGCUCUUUCUGGUUCUUCCUUUGACUCUGCUUUCGGUUUGAUUGUAGGAGAUUUAAAAGAAUUGGCAUCAUCUUUGUUGGAUGUUAAUUUUAGUUUUGUCAAACGAUCUGUGAAUCGUGCAGCCCACAUUGUUGCUAGGGAGGCCGUUUCUGAGUCAGGUUGCGGGGAGUGGCUAGAUGUUCCAUUGACUCUCUUCAGUAAAGCUCCUUAA